UUGGUUCAUUCUUAGCUGUGUGCUGAGCGUCUCUACACACGCAGGCACGCAUACUUUCGCCUUCGGCGCUUAUUGGUAAAGAUUACGCCUCUCACACACGCGCGCGCUCCUUGUCUCUCUUCCACACGCGCAGUGCUAGAGCGCUGCCGCUGCUGGACCACAGCCAUCUCGCGAAGGAGGGUACCGGAGAGGAAGACAGAGAGAGAGAGAGAGAGAGAGAGGAAGAAGGAGGACGGAAGAAGGAGAGGAGUGAAUAGGAAGCGGGAACAGCACCAGGAAGGAGAGACUAAACCCUCGUGUGAAAAAGAGAAAGCGAGGGACAGGAGGGAAGAGAGAAAACAGAGGAACAGGAAACGCGAUCCCUCUCAGCUCCAGCGGUCCGCAUCGCAGCAUGGGCAAUGCACCAUCCCAAGCCAACGCUGGGGCCUGUUUUCCGAAGCAAGAUCCCUCCGAGCGCGGCGGCGGUCACAUGAUCUCGACGGAUGACUUGGAGUACCCGCGGGAGUACCGGACGCUCGGCAACGGCACGCGGCGUUUCUCCAACGUGGGCCUGGUCCACACGUCGGAGCACCGGCACACGGUCAUCGCCGCCCAGAGCCUGGAGGCCCUCACCAGUCUGCACAAGGUGGACAUGGAGCGCAAGAGGGACGCUUUCAUGGACCACCUGAAGAACAAGUACCAGCCCCAGCACCAGGGGCACCACACGGGCCACCACAACCCCCCCUCGCCCUCCCCCUCCCACGGCAGCGUGAGGCAGCCAGAGAGAGAGAGAGUCGCCCGUGAGCAGCAACAGCCCAACUACUGGAGCUUUAAGGUCAGUGCUAGUCGUAGCCCUCGCCACUCCCAGUCCACCCAGUCUGGGCUUGCCGACCAGGCUGCUAAACUGUCCUUCGCUUCGGCCGAGUCUCUGGCUGAGACCAUGUCUGAGGCGGACGUCCCCCUGGGUUUCAGCAGAACCAACCGGUUCCGCCAGAGUCUGCCCCUGUCCCGCUCGGCCAGCCAGAACAAGCUGCGUUCCCCAGGGGUGCUGUUCCUUCAGUUUGGCGACGAGACGCGGCGUGUGCACAUCACCCACGAGCUGAGCAGCUUGGACACCCUGCACGCCCUCAUAGUGCACAUGUUCCCUCAGAAGCUGACGGCCGGGAUGCUCAAGUCCCCCAACACGGCCAUCCUGAUCAAGGACGAGGCACGCAACGUCUUCUACGAGCUCGAGGACGUCCGCGACAUCCAGGACCGCAGCGUCAUCAAGAUCUACCGCAAGGAGCCCAUUUACGCCUCCUACCCUGCCUCGCACCUGGCCAAUGGGGACCUGAGGCGGGAUCUGGUGUACACGUCCCGAGAGUCCUCCCCCACGCGGCGCCUCAACACCCUGCCCUCCUCCUCCGCCUCGCCCACCUCCAGCUCCCCAUCUCGAUCCCGCCUGUCCUAUGGCGGGGGGCGGCCCCCCUCCUUCGCCGGGCCGGGCGGUCACCCGCAGCAUCAGCAGAACUCCCAGCACCCCCACCACCCCGGGCCUGGCUCCCACCACGGGGGGGUCGGCGCCCCCCUGUCCCCCUCCCCCAGUGCCAUCCUGGAGCGGCGCGACGUCAAGCCCGACGAGGAGGUGUCUGGGAAGAACAUGAUGCUGGUGAAGAACGAGGGGCUGUACGCCGACCCCUACAGCCUGGUCCACGAGGGACGCCUCAGCAUCGCGUCCACGCAAUCGCUGGCCGCCAUCGGGGACCCCUUCGGCUUCCCCGUGUCCGGAGGGCUGUACCGCCGGGGCUCUGUGCGCUCCCUCAGCACCUACUCGGCUGCCGCCCUGCAGGGGGAGCUAGAGGACGCCCUGUACAAGCCAGGAGGUCCCCUCUACUCCGACUCCUACUCCUCAGCCACUCUCGGCAUGGGCUUCCGCAUGCCCCCCUCUUCCCCACAGAAGAUCACCGACGUGCAGCUGAGAGACAGGGGCGAUUCGUACUCCGGCUCCCCCAGCCGGGCCUCCCCGGUCAGGCAGACCUUCCGCAAAGACUCAGCCUCCUCCUCCGUGUUCGUGGAGAGCCCCAAGUCCAGGCCCGGCUCCAGCUCUGAACCUCUGGCCCUGCAGGCCGGGCCGGGAGGGGACGGGAGCAGGUUUGCUCCGGGGUACAGCUCCCCUUUGCCUGGAGAGACCUCGGAGUCCAGGGAUCGUAUGGAGCGUCUGGACCGCAUGGAGGCCAUGGAGAAACAGAUAGCCAGUCUGACUGGGCUUGUUCAGAGUGUGUUGACCAAAGCACCGGACAGUGACAGCACGUGUGGCCUACUGCGUCUCUGCAUGAUGGCGGGCUGCCCCCCGGACCAUGGCUCGGAGUUCUCACGGCCCUUCCCUUUCUCUUCCAGCGAGAAGACUGAAUCCAACAGCGACGGCUCCGCCACAGGAACUGGACGACAGAAACCAAAAGCGGUAACGCCAUCGGCCCCCCUGGCCCUGAUGCCGCCCCCUCCCUCCGGAGCCACCCAGGACAGCACUGUCAACCGUCUGCAGAUGCAGCUCCACCUCCAGGACCUGCAGCAGAAUGCCUCCGACCUGCGCAAGCAGCUCUCCCAGCUCCGCAAGAUGCAGCUUCAGAACCAGGACAGUGUGAAGACGCUGCUGAAGAGGACGGAGACUGAGCUGAACAUGCGCGUGAGUGACGCCCUGAGGAAGCAGGAGGACCCUCUACAGAGACAGCGUCUCCUGGUGGAGGAGGAGAGGCUGAAGUACCUCAACCAGGAGGAGCUUGUUAUCCAGCAGCUCCAUGACCUUGAGAAGUCAGUGGAGGACAUCCAGAAGGGUUCGUCUGUCAAUCACAAGCUGGUGACGGUUCAGGAGCUUGAGGAAAAGGCUUCAGUGCUGAGGAAACUAGGAGAGACGCUCACAGAGCUCAAGAACCAGUUCCCCAGUCUGCAGAGUAAGAUGCGGGUGGUGUUGAGGGUGGAGGUGGAGGCCGUCAAGUUCCUGAAGGAGGAGCCGCACAGGCUGGAUGCCCUGUUGAAACGCUGCUCGACUGUGACUGACACUCUGACCACCAUGCGCAGGCAAGCGAACGAGGGCGUGUGGAAGAAGCCGGACGACAGCCCCAAGCACGGCGUCGAGGACCUCCGGAAGAGUGCGGACUUCGACGCGCCCACCAGCCCCCCGCUCAACCUGAAUGACCUGAGGGGCGGCAGCAGUCUGUCGAACUGGAGCCCCCACUCCAGCCACGGGCAUAGCAACCCCUCCCCGGGCCCCCACAGGGACCACUACCCCACCGUGCCUCACAAGGGCCGGGCCCUGGAGGAGCUGGCCAGCCGAGCCGCUGCUGACAAAGCCGUGUCUGUGGAGGUCCGAUUGGCGGCUGAGCGGGACUGGGAGGAGAAGCGGGCCAGUCUGACCCAGUACAGUGCCCAGGACAUCAACCGUCUGCUGGAGGAGACCCAGGCGGAGCUGAUGAAGGCCAUCCCAGACCUGGACUUCGCUGCCAGGCAGAUCAACAAGCCCUCCUCCAACGCACCCUCCCAGACCCCCCAGGGUGGGGGAGGGACCGCCGAGUACCGCCCAGGCAAGCCCCAGCAUGCCACGCACAAGUUCUCUGGGAAGGAGCAGGGCUCCAGGCGUGGUUCUGAGGCGGAACAGCUGACAGUGGCUCGGUAUCGCACUGAGAAGCCCUCAAAGUCGCCCCCUCCUCCGCCACCUAGGCGCAGCUUCCCAUCAUCCCCGUCUGGCCUGACCACCCGCAGUGGAGAAACCCUCAUCCCAGGAAAGAGCAUAAAGAAGUCGGAGACAGAGGAGGCCGAAGCCCCAAAGCUCCACGUGAAGCUGCGACGGACAGUGUCUGAAAACCCCCGCCCUGCCUCCACUCCUCCCACCAUCAACUCCAGAGACAGGGAAGAGGACGACCAGGACAUGAUGGCUGCCGACAUGGAGCUGUUUCUGAGAGCCUCCCCGCGACUCAGUCACCCCAGUCCCCUGUCUCUGCCCAAUGCCCUCCGCAGCAGGACCAGUGUACCCUCCAGCCUCGACCUGUGGCCCCCAGGGGCCCCGGGCACCAAGCAAUCUAGGGCAUCGUUGGACUGCUCUGUCCUACGAUGGGAACAGGGCAACUCAGAAUACACCGACAGCCCUCCGCUGUCGCACACACAGGUACAGAGCAUGGUCCCUCCUGUUCCAUCCCUGUCUCCAGUCCCCCGGAUAGUGCUGACAGAGGGCAGUUCAGUUCCACCCACCUCAGAAUGCAUGGCCAGAGACCCAAAAGUGACCCAGACCCAGGGACAGGCUGUCUGUCAACUCCAGGGGGUGUCCAAAGGGAAAGGUCCUGCUGGCCAGCCUCAGAGAAAGCCCUCUGUGCAAAAGGAGCAAAGAAUCCAGGAGUCAUUUGAGAAUCAAAAAGACCCAGGCGACAAAGAGGAGGUAUCCCUGCUGCUGACGGAGCUGGAGGUCAGGCUGGUGUCCCCUUCAGAGGUCCGGGAGCUCCACAGGACCAAGGUAGAGGCUCUGCAAACAGUCACCGUCACGACUCCGCCUUCAGAGGGGGGUCUUGAGGCGCGUCUGGGUGGGGCUCCCCUCCUGCUGCUCUUCAGGGACACUGUGACUGUCAGAGAGGCCUAUGAACAGCUGCUGGGACUGUUGGGAUGCAAGGAAGACGCUGGUUCAUCCAAGUCGCUCCCUAUGCCCAGGUCAGGACGCUCUCUGAGCAACCUAAGUUUCAGCCCUCCCCCCAUGGUCUCCCGGAUUAGUGUCUCCCGUCACAGGCAGGACACUCUGAGGGAAGCCCUGAGUAGAGGGCUGGAGACGGGGGACAGGAUCCUAACACUUCCUCGCAGCGCCGGAACAGAAAGCAUUCCAGCCCCUCUGCCCCGUCAGAGAUCUGCAGAAACGGCAGUAAGGCCCAAUGGGUCCGUGGGUUGCGUGGGGACCCAGGGCUGCGCGGGACAGGAACAGAUCCUGUGGAAGCAGGGAGGGGACAUCAAGAGAAGCACGUACAGGAGGCUGGAUAGCUUGGAAGAGACUAUCCGUGAGCUGGAGAACACCCUGCUGGAGAUCAGUGGCCACCCCAAUACGGAGCACCCCUACGCCCUCCAACUCCCCACUGACGCCCUCCCAACAGGGGCUCCAGACACAGCCCAGAGACCUGCCACCAGCACAGCAGAGACCAAGAAGCCCCCAGUGCCACCCAAGCCCAAACCCUCCUCCAGUCCUUCCACGAUCACCCAGGGGGAGAACUGCUCUUCAGGUCUGGGAAAACUCCACACCUCGGCAGCCUUCAGACUAAAGCACCUGCAGCAGAGCAGCACAGAGAAGACCAAGACUGGCAAGAAGGAGGACUUCCUAAAGGGCCAGCAGCAGGUCCUGGGGAACAGCAGUAUUGAGCCUCUCCUGUUGGGCACCAGAGCUGCCAGUUUCUCCGGUCGCCUGCCCUCCUCCAGCUCCACCUCAGCUGUGUUUGCCCCGGGCCUGAGGAAGUAUCCCCAGGAGGGGGCGCUGUCCUCCCUAACAGCAUCCUCCAGCCAGGCCAAGGCCCUGCUGGCCAGCCUGUCAGCCUCCAGCCUGAGUGCCGAGGCCCUGCUCCUCUCCUCCACCUUCCGUCAGCACCGCCUCCUCCGCGAGCAGCAGCGCGCCUCCUCCCUGAACCUGCCCAAUGGCCGCUCCUCCAGCUCAACAACCAACUCCUCUGCUGCCUCCUCCACCUCCACCUCCCCGACCACCCCCACCACCUCCUCCUCACCCUCCUCUCCCAGCCCGCUGACCUCCCUCACCCUCUCCUCCCUGGGGCUGAAGCCCGGCAGCCGCAGCCUACAGUUCUCUGGAACCAACAGCUACAAGGAGCGCAGCAAGACCACGCCCAAGACCAUCUCCCCUAGCAACUCACAGUGAAGUAGAAAAGGGUGGAGGAGGAGGUAGAGGAGGAGGAGGAGGAAGAGGAGUGGGAGUAGGAGCACAUUUAAAGUACCUAUGUGUGCCAAAAGUAAAGUGGAAAGCCAGCCCACUGCCCCCCUCCCCAUAUGUACCCCUUCAAUGCCAAGAGACAAAGGCAGCAAAACAGACCAGUGGGGAGUUUCUGUACUGGUCUUUCUGGGUUUUCUUUCAGAGUGUCACUGUGCUGCUCUCAAUCCCAGUCCAGCAGCCAGAAUCUUCAAAUUUCUGGCGCAGAUUUGAGGAGACAGCCUGGUUCCUCUCCUACUAUGUAGUACUGCCAGUCCCCCAGACCCCCAGAGGGAGAGCUCACAGAUGGGACUAAGCCCCCCAUCCCACCACCUCCUGGAAAGGUCUGGACUGUUCUGUGCUGUUCUGUUCUAGUCUAUUCUGAGAGACACUGCUAUAUGAACCACCAAUCCAUCGUUGCGCCCAUUUGCCAAAUUUUACUGAGUGGAACCUUAGUGGAGUAGAUAAUAAUAAUUAGACUGAGUUAUAUUAUACCAAGUAGAGUUGCAAUAAUCAACCAGUACACUACAGUAGUCAAGUGUGUUCAGACCAGUGUCGGUCUUAAUCAAUCAUCUGGCAGAAUGUACUUCUGUGGGGGAAAAACACAAGAUGAACAUUGGUGGGUGUUUCCAUUUCUUUUGUUAAUGUGUCUUGAUUUUUUGUAGUAUUGCAUCACCUGUGUAGAACCCUAAACUGGUGCUAUAGUUCUGCCUGUCUGUACCCGCCCUGUAGAGAGUUCACGUUCAUGAAACAGAAACGGCACUCCUGGAAUGGCAUCUUAACCCCAGUGUCUGAUUCCAUUAACCAUCCUCUAAGAAAUAGCACAGCAGGUUGGCAAUAGAAGACCUUGGAUAUUGUCUUGGUUGGACCAGUGGGAUCCUCUGAUUCGGGACAACACACACCAACUCUGACCCAUUAUUGUGAUAUUACAGCGGACCACGACUGCAGUGACACAGAACGAAUCAAAAGACCGUAAUGAUGUGGCGCAGGUAGACGUCAGGAUGUAUGACAAUCAGGAUGGGUACGUGGUUGCUGCCGAGUUCAGGGUCAGGGAUUUUAUCACCCCUCGGCCACCGUUCUUUUGCUCCCCACUCAACAUACAACAUGUGAACGUGUGCACAAACACACUGCAGUUGGACACACACGCGCACACUCUCCCACAUGCAGAUGGACACACACUCUCCCACAUGCAGAUGGACACACACUCUCCCACAUGCAGAUGGACACACACUCUCCCACAUGCAGAUGGACACACACGCUGUAUGCUGAAAAGUGUGGUGUCCGGUUGUGUUUACUAGAUGGCCUGUUUCUUCAUUACAUGACAGCCACUGAUCACAAACAAACUAAUGUGAUUUGGUGAGGCAGUCUGUUGGGUGAAAGUAUCGGUCCGCUAACAAGAAGGCUGCUCAUUCGCCUUGGGGCAACAAAUGAAAUCACUUGUCAUCGAGCCCUUAAGCAAAGCUGAAUGAGAGCAUCUGCUAAACGACGGAAAUGUAUUCAAGAGUUUAAAAAGCACAUAUCAGAGAGGAAACAAAGGGCACAAAUCAGCACUCUUCUAAAAGGUACCAUUGGUUUAAAACAGGUAUCACAGCUCCUCUAGAUCUAUCUGCAUGUCAAGCAUCUCAUUGAUGUGUAUUUUCAAUAUUGACUCUAGCUAUAACCGCACAAGGUGUUUUUCAGAAUCUCACACUUGGACAGCUGCUACUGGCUUGGCAGCUGCUUGUGCAACAGAAAGGUGGCCACUAGAAAUGGCCUCUCUGCUCUGUGUUUCACAAAGCGUAUUAUAGGAAAUGUGUUUUAAGCAACAGCUGCAGGGUAAUGACUGUUCUCUAGAUGGGUCUGAUGUGGCAAGUCACCAGCUCCCCUCAUCACGGCUGAAUUAUCAGCUUCAGAGUGUGACAAGGAUAAAAUAAACUCCCAUCAAAGGUGUGUCAUAGUCUUCCUGCUGUGAAUCUAAUGGCAGCAGCCACUCUGAAGUGUUCAGAGAGGCUUCACCAAGGCUGAGGGGGGUUGUUGUGGCUUUUAGUAGUCACAGACACAAGUUUUUUUCUUCAGUUGUUUGGCAGACAACUGUGCAUGAAAGCGCAUGAAAUUGAUUCCUCAUGGCAUUGAGAAGAGAACAAUUACUAGUGCAAAGUGCAGGCAGCUUGAGGUGGUGAGAUUUGGUUUUCAUGUCUGAAGGCUAGCGUGACCUGGAAGUGUUUUGAAUCAUCUACUGAGACAUUGCAUGCUUAAAGGGCUGGGUAGAAGGGUUUGUCGGGAUGUCACGGUUUGACACCCUUUUGUGGAAGCUAUUCCUUUUUUCAGGUUGUUCUUUGUGCUGUCUUUGGGGUAGAGGUGUGUGUGUGUGUGUGUGUGUGUGUGUGUGUGUGUGUGUGUGUGUGUGUGUGUGUGUGUGUGUGUGUGUGUGUGUGAAACCAUGCGUGAACAAACUGCAAUGGUGCUGUAUGUCUGAUGUUAUUGUAUUGUAUCAUUAAGGUACAAAAUGAUGAAUGUUGCAAUUACCCGAUUGAAGCCCCAGAGUGGACAUAAACCCUCCGAGACCUUUUCAUUUGAGACCCGCCAAAGGCUGUGAUGAUACCGGCCUAUAGCAGCGCAGCUCGCGUGUGUCUUCACAGACGGAUGGGCCUUGGUAUGAUAGCACAAAUCCGAUCAGUGGUUCUGACAACCCAUUACUGCUUCGCACAGCAGGACAAAAGGGGAACAAAUUGGCCAGCACACACCAGAGUGUCAGAGUGUGGCCGUGGCAUUGCAACAAGCACACCCGCUGUCGGGGGGAAAACAGCAAGGUCACAGCACAGAGAGUUAGUAAAGCCUCACGCCGAGGCACCACCAUAGACAUGCCGGGCUCCAGCACCUGGUUUUACAAAGCCAAGCCAAAUGGAAGAGAUUCACUUACUCGUGCAGGCGUACACUCAAAUGUAUAACCCACAAGGUUAAAUGAUCCUAUUUGCAUCCAGCAUGCUGAUGGGGUAAAGAGAGAGAAAAGGAGGAAUGUGUUCAUACUUCGCAGAUUUUAAACAAGGAAGUCCAAGUUGGAAACCCCAAGAGUCUGCCCUACAGUGCUUUUUUUGAAUAACCGUAAUGCUAGUGUUAUUUGACUAGAGAUUUCCGAGGUUUCCGAGAUUUCUUGAAUGACUUAUUGGUAGUUGGGAUGAGUAGGGACAGUGGAUGGAGGAUUCUCUCAUAGUGAAGGCCCCUGGCAAUCAGAAAGACAUCAUGCAAACUUGAAAUGAAAAGUAUGAGAAUUAUACAUAUAUAAAUAUAUCUUCGGUAAGAUGUUUGUGUAUGAUAUUACUAUAAUUGUGAAGAAAAUUGUGAAAUAUAGUUCUAGAUUAAAUUAUUAUAAUGUAAAAUUUAAAUCAUCAUCUUUUUCGGUUUUAUAUGAGUAGGCAUUUUGUACAGAUUUUCCUUUGUAAUUCUUCUUCAAAAGAUACUGUUUUUCACAUCAGCAAAUUAUUUAUUCAUAAGCAGAACAUUUUUAUAUUGAUUUAAAAAAUAUUUAUCAGGUAUGUAAUAUACAAUGGAGCUCAUUUUUAAUUCUCAGAUAUUUGUAUUAGCUCUCUUUAGUUAACAGUUUAAAGUGUAAGUUUCCUAUUGUUUUUUUUGUUGGGGUUUUUUUGGAGGGGGCUGAGAGCCCAAACUACUGAUGUGCUGAGGAGGAAAUGGCUGAUCCGGUUUCUUCUAGCUAACAUUCAAUUUAAGGUAAUGGAAGCUGUUCCUAGAUCUGUUCUUAGGGGUUUUGCCUUUCUUUGGAGCUUCUGUUGGUGUUUUGAGUGAUUGUAGUCUGUUGUUUAUAUAGAGCUCCUUGUCUCUGUACUCAACCUGAUGUGUUCUUCACUCUGGGCUGACUCCUGUGAUCUCAGAAGACAGGUGGGUGCGAGAGACAAAACCUUUACCUGACAACGCAACAUGACCUUGCUGCUCUGAUUGGUUGUUUUUUAUUUGCUGUGAAAUAACCCUUCACGAGAGAGGGUUCACACUGAAAUAAAACCCCUGGUGGGAGGAUGACAAAGAGUCAGUGUGAAUAAGUUGUUUAAGUUUCAGUGGCUAGGUUUCCAUCAAACUUUCGAAAGAUUUCUGUCAGAAGAUAUAAAACCUGAAAAAGAAUUAUGCCACUGAAUUUUCCCAACAGUGGCACAUUUCCAUUAAACAGACCUGUCGUGGAUUAAAGCAGUGCAUUAUGUCAUAGUACACAUCAAAGCAGUUUUUUAUUUGAAAUAUUCACCAACAAAAUAGUCAGAUUUUACCAAAUAUUCCCACUCUGGUCUUGGCACUCACAGAUACAGUCCAGAGGUGCUGGUUUUCUGUCAUUUUGUUGUUAAGCGGCAAAGCACCAGUCAUCAUGUUACCAGAGUAAAAGCCUCCAUGCUAUUUGGCCAGAAGAAUCAGAUUCAACAUUUUUUAAACCCUGUAGAGUUCACCACAACAUAUUUUGCUUUUAAUCUUAUGAAUUACUAGCCUUGGAGACACCCUCCUGUAGUCACCAGCUCACGUUUUGGUUUGCUACAGAGAGAAGGUGAGCUGGCAGGGUCAAGGUGGGUCGUUAUAACACACCAAAGACCACCCAAAUACUGGGUGUCUCAACAGAAUAUAUAUAAGUUGUUUUAUCAGUAUGUAUGGAUAAGGACAUAUCUACCGCCAUUAGUCACUUAAUUUAUUUUACAAACAUCUCACCUAUUUACAAACAUCUAAUGUAUUUAGUUUUUUUGACAUUUGUAACGUUUAUUGGAUAACUUGACCUCUCUUAUGCCACAUUUCCCUUCCCUCACAUGAAAAAAGUCUGAUGGAGACCUGGUUACUGUGCACCAGAUAUUUUGGGAUAGACAUGGAAUGUUAGUUUCUUCACCAUAAUUGUCUACUGCAAAGUUUGGUUAUGUUAAUAAAUGAAAGCGCCGUAUUAUUUUACCAGAUGUCUGUGAUAAGUAAACUGUAUGAGGUUUUUACCUGAAUGUGUGGAGGGUCCAAAAUCUUGGCAUUGAGAAAAAAAUCUAUAUGUAAAUAGACAGUCAGUCCUAGAAAGUUAAACAAAAUGUUACGUCCAAUAUAAUGUUUCAUUAAUAAAAAGAUGAUGGAUACAAAGGUAUAUUCUAAAACAAUGCAUGUAUAUUCUCAAGCAAUCGCACGGUGCAGUUGAAAAAUGUUGUCUACAUGUUUUCUUAAAAAACUAGAGAGAGAGAAGAGAAGAAAGAAGUGUACCACUUUAAAGGUUUACAACAGUAGAGAAUCUGACCUUUCUGUGACCCCGGCAUGUUCAGUCUUACUGUGAUCUGUGUGACGAUGUGGUGACGAUUGUUAAGAGUGGAGUGUAUCUGAACGAUUCGGAAUGCUUGAACGCACCCUCACCAGAAAAACCCACCAAUUAUGGUCUCCCAUUUGUAGAGUAGUGUGAUAUAAUGAACAAUACAGAACAUAGAUCUAUAUAAAUAUAUAUAUACAUAUAAAUGCCUACUGAUAAUGGAGAGGUGGAUGCCAUGAUAUUCUGUGAGAUGUGAUUUUUUUCUUUCCUGUGAGAAGACUGGCAGCUGAGCCUGCCUUCUUUUGUACAUAGUUGCUGUGGUUCUGUGUGUAAUAAAGUGCAGCUCUCUUGUACAGUC